CUUAAAAAAAAUAUAUCAAAAAAAUGACCCUGAAAAAUUCUUUAUCUUUUUGUAAUUAUUUGUCCAACCUCUCGCUCAUGUAUAGUUUCCCAUUUUCGUUUAAGCCGAAGGAAUAAAGGGUUCAGGAAUAAGCAACUGUUUUGUAACAACCUUUUUCAAUUUUCAUGACAACAAAGUCAAAGCGUGAUCACGUUUCUCAUGUCACAAAGACAAUUUCAUACACUCCCUCCCAUUGUGACAAUUGUCACAAUUUGGUAGCCUUCCCUCUUUUUCUCUUCUCCUUCCUAUGUCUGCCCUUUGUCCCCUCUCACUCUCUCUGUCUCUCUCUCUCUCUCUCUCCUCCCAUAUAUAACUACCCACCAUCCCCCUCCCCCAAUACUUAGUUCUACUCUCGUUCUUCCCAACUUCUCUUCUUGCAUACACACACACAUACAAGCUUCAUCACCCAUAGGACAAAAAUGGUCGAAUCAAAUCCCCCUCUCCUCCAUGACUUCGGGCAACUUCUACUCCGCCACCCGGGUGAAACUUGUGCCUCUUGUCAUCGCAAUGCUCGUGACUGCGUAGCAAAUGAAGAAAUGGUGAUAUUGGAAGAAUGUGAACUCCCAUUGAUAGACCUUGGUGGGCUAAGGAGCAAGGACGAAGGAGAGAGGCGAGCGUGUGCAGCGGCAAUUUGUAAAGCAUCCUCGGAGUGGGGAUUCUUCCAAUUGGUGAACCACGGCAUAAGCCUUCAACUCCUCGCGGAAAUGAGGAGAGAGCAGGUGAAGUUGUUCAACAAGCCCUUCGAAAGAAAGGCUACUUGUGGACUUCUAAACAAUUCUUACCGGUGGGGAAAUCCCACGGCAACUUCCCCAAAGCAGUUCUCAUGGUCUGAGGCUUUUCACAUUCCUCUCACAAAGAUUUCCGAGGAAGCUUGUUACGGAGAGUUCGACUCUCUAAGGAAAGUGAUGCAGGAGUAUGCAGCAGCAAUGCAAGAGCUAGCAAAUGAACUUGCAGGGAUUCUAGUAAAGAAUUUGGGUCACCAAAAGGAGGGAGUGUUUGGAGAGAGUUGCAAUGGAAGUACAUGUUUUCUUCGGUUGAAUCGGUAUCCGCCAUGUCCGUGGUCACCGGAGAUUUCUGGAUUAGUGCCACACACCGACAGCGAUUUUCUUACAAUUCUUCACCAAGAUGAUCGAGUCGGUGGACUUCAGCUCAUGAAGGAUUCCAAAUGGGUCGCUGUCAAACCCAAUCACGAUGCCCUCAUCGUCAACAUAGGAGAUCUUUUUCAGGCAUGGAGCAAUGAUGUAUAUAAAAGUGUGGAGCACAAGGUGAUCACGAAUGCUAAGGUGGAGAGAUACUCAAUAGCCUACUUCUUAUGCCCAUCUUACGACUCCUGGAUUGGGAGUUGCAAAGAACUUUCUUCUAUUUAUAGAAAAUUCACAUUCGGAGAAUACAGAAAACAGAUUCAACAAGAUGUCAAGAUGAACGGUCACAAAGUAGGCCUUCCCAGAUUUCUGCGUUAGAAAACAAAAAAACAAGAACAGGGAAGUGUUCGAGAAGAACACAUAUAUCCAGAAACUCAAACUAGUAAUUUAUGAUAGAAAUUAGACAAAUAGCAAUAGUGGCAUAUGUCAAUGAAGACUAUUUGAUCUAUACAUUGUAUACAAUAUGAAGGUUUUGUCUUGUAUCAAUUUGUGCUACUACAGAUGACGAUAAAUAAAUAAACGACAGAGAAUUUGUUUUUCAUAUAUGUCAAGCUCAUACUUUAGUUUACAAGUACUUUUGUCCUUCCAAAUGCUAGAGAAUUAGAUUCUCAUAAAAUCAGACCAGCACAAAAACAAAAGCAUGCACCA